GAGUGAUGACAGUAAGAAACGCAAGGAUGUUGAUGAUGAGAGUAUGGUUAACGCGAAAAGAAUGCGUCUGGAUUAGCCGCCAUUUUGUCACCAGAAAUAAUCAGGAUCAGCUGGUCGCAAACAUUCGCAGCGAAAAUAUUAAUUAUUGAAGUAAUUUAUUAUAAAUGGAGAGUCCGAAGACGCCAGGGCAGAAUGCCAUCGUCGCCAUGCAGGAAUUCAACAAGGCUGUGGUGUUUAAAGUGCCGAAAAUGGUGAAAAAGAAACGCGCACAGCUUGUUUUGGAUGAUGACAGAUUUGUUGAGGAACUGGGAAAAAUCAUUGAAAGAGAUUUUUUUCCUGAUCUUGAAAAACUAAAAGCAAAAACUGAAUAUUUAGAGGCUGUGGAAAACAACGAUGUGAUAAAAAUCAGAGAAUUACAUUUAAAAUACACUGGAUCAAGACGAGCACCAAGCAGAUUACCAAGUCCUGCCACCUUCGAAACGCCUGCCAACAUUCACAACUCACAAGACCCUGCCCCCAGCCCAGUGCACAGUCAGCCAUCUUGUGAAACCAAUGACAAAACACAAAAAUUAUCCCUGGAUCAGUACCUCAACUCACACACAUCCGAAGAUAAUCAAAGCUUUGAGGAAAUCAUGACUGAAUCCGAACGUAAGCAUCGUUUAAAAUACUCUUAUCUAUAUCAAGAGGAAGAUAAAUCAUUGCAAGAUCAGCAGAAUGCUUUGGCGUUGCCUAGUGUUGAACAACAGGCGGCGCUGCCUGCAAAAAAGCUCAACAUUGACACAUGGACGUAUAAAAACAAGAAUUACAUCAUGUACGUCCCGGAUGGUGUGGAUUUAACACCAGAGGAAGAGAUAGAGUAUAAUAAAAAGCGUCAGGAGGUAGUGCAUUCGAAUACUCGGCUGCAGUUGAAUCCGUUCAAUGAUUCGCAGAGUAAGGAAACCAUUACAGAGUUGGCCAAGAAACAAGCGCGCGGAUUGGACGGUAAGAUUGGCGUGGAUGGCAAGGAGUUGUUGACAGGCACACCGCAGAUCAACGGCUUCGGGUUGGUUCGGACACCGUCGCCAUGUCCGGGCGUAGCCGAAAGCCCGUUGAUGACAUGGGGUGAAGUUGAAGGCACGCCAUUUAGACUCGACGGUAGCGACACGCCGCUGAUGCGCACGCAAGGUCCAUCGUUCAAAAUGAACGCACCGCCGAAACGCGAGCAGUUGGCGUUUGCACUCGCGGAGAAAGCCAGUGAACGACAUCGGGAUAAGAAAAAGAAAGCCAUGGACGCAGCAAGGAAACAAUUUCAAAGCCCGUCACCUUACACAGGGUCAUCCCGUGAAAGACUAUUCAGCAUGUCACCCGCUGCGCAACGCCUAGCCACAUCAAAACUAAGAUUAGACUUAUCACGAACACCCAGAACACCAAAAACGCCAUUGAUGACCACAAUAGGCACACCGAAACGUAACCUAGGUAUUAAAAAGAGCGAUGAUAACCUCACUGAUGAUCUAUUGAAGAUUAAAGUACCUCGGAGGCAAACCGCUUCGGAUUUUUUCUAG